GCGCUGUGUUCAUAAUCUAGCAAACCUCAGCAUUUCAUUCUUACUGGGGCUAGAAGCGCUUAUGCCCUGGAUCUCUGCUCACAUUGUUUUUACCUGCCAACCUGUUCGGGAGUCUGUUGUUACCUGCCAACUUCAAAUCCCAAACUCCUCCAGUUUCAUCAACGGACCUCCAGACACAUGUGCAGUAGAAAAACACUGCCAAAAUGAAUUACAGUUACAAUUACAGUUACGACGAUGACUAUGGAGAUGGAGAGGAAUCAUAUGACUAUGACGCAUCUCCGUGUGAGCUGAAUGACAACCGUGAGACAGAACUGAUGGUGCAAGCCUAUGUGCAUUCCAGCAUCUGCAUCUUGGGCUUUCUGGGAAACAUCCUGGUGAUCGUCACCUUCGCCUUUUACAAGAAAGCAAAGUCCAUGACAGACGUGUACCUCCUGAAUGUGGCUCUGGCCGACCUGCUCUUCGUCGUCGCCCUCCCGUUCAUAAUAUACAACGAGCAAAACAGCUGGAGCAUGGGAGCCUGGGUCUGCAAACUGCUGCGGGGUGCGUACAGCAUAAACCUCUACAGCUGUAUGCUCCUGCUAGCCUGCAUCAGCAGUGACCGCUACAUCGCCAUCGUUCAGGCCAGACGGUCCUUCAGGUUCCGGGCGCGCGUGCUGUUCUAUGGCCGUCUCAUCUGCACGACCGUCUGGGUGCUGGCAGUUGCCCUGUCCAUCCCAACCUUCUUAUACAAUGACAGGUACGAGGCCCGCAGUGGCUUAGGCAAUGGGACCACGGCAGUGUGCUACUUAAAGUUCGACCAGCAGGAGACUGCAAAGUUGGUGAAGGUGUUAAUACCCAGCACACAGAUGGCAGUGGGGUUCUUCCUCCCCCUGCUGGUCAUGGUCUUCUGUUACUCCAGCAUCAUCGUCACCCUACUGCAGACCCAGAACUUGCGGAGGCACAAGGCGGUGCGCGUGGUCAUCGCUGUAGUGGCGGUCUUCAUUGCCUGCCACCUGCCCUACAACGUCGCCCUCCUGGGUCGCACGGCAGCCCUGUUCAAGGAGAAGCGGUGUGGGACGGGGAAGGCCACCGUGCUGGCACUGAUGGUCACCGAGACCCUGGCAUACCUCCACUGCUGUCUCAACCCUGUGCUGUACGCCUUCGUCGGGGUGAACUUCCGAAACCACUUCCAGAAGAUUCUGGUAGACCUGUGGUGUCUGGGGAAGAAGUACCUUUAUGGCAAGCGGUCAUCAUCAGUGACCUCAGAAGUUUUCAUCUCGGCUCGAAAGUCAGUUGAUGGCUCCAAUAAUGGGUCCUCUUUUACUAUGUGAAUGUUAUGUUAUGUUUUCACAAUCCAGUUAAAAUAUUUCCUGUUAAAAUAGUGCAAACCCAUUCUAAUAUUUCAAUGUGUCUUUUCAAGCUUUCCAUUAGCAUACAAUGAGAGUGUCUAGGAGAAAUGGUUUCACUGUAAAAUGUGUAAUGGGGUGAUGGUGGGGAUUCUUACAGUUUCAGUGUUGACAGUAACUGGGAGUCACACAAGGAGAUCAAUACUUAGCGCUUCAGUGUCUCGUAGGAAGGGUUGGGUUACGAUUAAGGUUAGGGUUCAAUCUGCAGGGUUUUCACCCCCUCUUCUUCAUGAGGAAGUCCUCUAGGUGAUGGGGAAUCUGUGGUCUGUGGUUAGGUUAAGUGUUAAGUGUGAGGUUAGUUUUGCAGAAUUGGUCUGUGUGCAGCAGCUGGUGAGAGGUCCUCCUGAACUGACCAAGGACAUUGCAGCAACCCCUCAUUUAAUGAAAAUAUAUAGGAAGAUACACUCAAAUGUAUAUUUGCAGUAAAUGUAUCAAUUUAACCCUUAAACACAUGACUGAACAUAACGGGGCCCUAAAAUUAAUAAAAGCUUUUUUCUUUGGGAAUGUAUAUAAUGUGAUUUCAAAUAAUUUAUAUUCCAUAUUUUACUCCUAAGAGUGUCUCAGAUGUUUGUGUUUUAUUUUGUUAUAUUUUUUUAUCUUUAGGGAUAUUAGAUUGAAGUUACUCAGAAGGAAAAAAUGAGAUUUUAAUUCAUUUUUAUCAAACAUAAGUUGAGAUAUAUUCUUCAUCUUAUUUUCUGUAUGCACUCUAUGGACUGUCUUUUACUGUCUUUGUCCAUAAUGUUUGUUCCCAAUGUCUUGAUUUGCCACAAUUUUAGAUUUGGAAUCACACAAUUAACAUGUGGUAAUAGUGCACAUUCUUAUUAAAGGGUAUUUUUAUACAUUUUGUUUUCACCAUGUAGAAAUGACAGCUGUGUUUAUACAUAGUCCCCCCAAUUCAGGGCACCAUAAUGUUUGGGACACAUGGCUUCGUAGGUGUUUGUAAUUGCUGAGAUGUGUUAAAUUGCCUCCUUAAUGCAGGUAUAACAGAGCUCUCAGCACUCAGCACUUAGUCUAAUAAUUGCUCCAACAGUUGUUAACUUCUCACCAAGCUGCUUGCUUAUUUUCUUGUAGCCCAUCCCAGCC